UUUUAAAUAUAUGCAAAAGCUUAUUAUUAUACAGAUGAAUGUACGCAACAAUAUAUCAAGAUUUGCGGUGUUUAUUUUACCGAAAAUAAUCUGGGACGAAGUUUGAGUACGAAAAAUGGCUGCACCGGGUGGAUUUGAAGACGAUGAUGACUUCGAUGAAGAAGGAUUUUGUUUGGGAAGUGAAUUCGACGCCAUUCGCAAGCCAAAGGCAUUCGAUCCUGUUGUGCACUCCUCUACUGCACCUCGUGGAGGGUUUGGCCAUGUGAAACCAAAAGCCAAGGAACCAGAGAAGAAAUUCCGCAGGGUUACAGAUCUAAAGGAAGAAGCAGACACCAUACCCCUGACGGUCGGGGACUUUCAGAUGGCUAUUGUAAGAGGACAUACAGAUAAAGUUAAGCAGUACAUAAACCAAGGCUUUGAGGUGGAUUCGGUUUUGAAGAGCGGUUGGACUGGUCUCAUGUACGCGGCCAGCAAUGCUAACAUGGAUAUAACAUCUUUACUACUGGAGAAUGGAGCAGAUGCAAACGUUCACAAAGACAUGUACACUGUGCUAAUGGCUGCCUGUGGGGCGUCCGGCUACACGGAGGAGGAUGUUUUGGGCGUGGUGAACUUGUUGCUAGGCAAGGGAGCAAAUGUUAAUGCGUAUGAUAGAUACCACACAUCGCCUGUAAUGUACGCAGCGAGGGAGGGCCGGGCACAGGUAAUAGAAUGUCUCGCUAAGGCUGGUGCAAAUAUCAACAAACAGGACAACAGAGGUCUUACUAGUCUUACAUGGGCCGUGACCCGGCACCAAAGUGCCGCGGUACGGAUGUUGGUACAACUUGGAGCAGACCCUCAGAAAAAACACAGCGAUGGACAGACCGUGCUAGACCUUGCAGAAACUAAUGAGGAUACGGAAAUGCUGGAGAUACUAGAAGGAAAGAAGCACACAUCUCCACACAAAGACCUUACCCUUGACCUCUCCGUAAACACUGAGAUAAAUAAACAACCCAGGCUUGUGAAAAGUGACAGCGUUGGUACAACGUACGGAGAACUUGAGUUGUUUCUAUGUGGCCUUGACCUAAGCCAGCUAGUGGACGUGGUGAGAGCACACCAUAUUGACUUCAACACUCUACUCACCAUGACAGAGGAAGACUUAAUAAAGAUUGGUGUAAGUCAGCUUGGAAUUCGUAAGAAGAUACUGGACGGAAUACACAGCGUUCACAAGAAGGAUUGGGACAAUGCCAGUCUACCAACAAUGCACUACAACAAACAAGUCAGCUGUGGGGAAGCCCUAGCAAUGGUAGCCAACAUCUCGAAACACAUCAAGUAUAUCUGCACCACCAUGGCUUACCUCCAGAACCAGCUGAGCAGGAGCCCGGCAAUACUGGAGCAGCUCCAGGAUGGCACCGGUCCAAAGCAGCUUCAUAAGCACACAGUUGACACAAUACACAACCUGACGUCACUACAGACACAACUAGGAACUCUAAAGUUACAACUAGAACAGAUGCUAGAAAAAGGCAACUAUGAUCCACCAGACCUGAUUCACGCUCCCCCACCCACCUCCAACAGCAGACGUCGGCUUGUUCCCAUGGUGAUUCUGUCUGGUGCCCUGCUUGUAACUCUGGUCUGGAAUAAGGAUGCUAUAUCACAGUGGAUAGGAAGGGAACCAUCUUAGUGAAGACUGAUUCUGAUUGGCCUAAUUUUGGGUAGUAAAGUGUUAUAGUUUUAGACAGUGUGCAUUGUGCAAUCUGAUUGACAAAUAUUUUGCAGCCAAGUUAGAAGCAUAUAAAUGCUUCAUUGUGAUUGACAAAAUCACUGUUGGUUCUAAUCUGCCAAAACAUGGUCGACACUGUAACGUGAUUAACCAAAGAAAAGAACAGUGUUUGAAUUUGUAAUCUGAUUUGCUACACAGUCUAGAUUGGCCCCAGAAGGCCUCUAACUGUAGGAUGGUGUGGUAAUGACAGCUGUGCAUCCAAUCUCAGGAACAGGUCUUAGCUUGCUUCUUUGAGUGUCUGUUUUUCGAAGGAUUGUCACAUACUUGAUGUCAGAGCAGUUGAUGUAGUUGUUUUGCCGGUUGGAAAGAAAAUGAAAGUGGUAAACUCCUGAGAUAUAAACAUGAACACAUUCAUAAUGUCAAUGGCACUACACACGGGUACAGAAAUUGCCAUCACUGUAAACUAGAACUAUGUUGUUAUGCCCCUUGAAGGAAUUUACUGUGGAAAGGAGGAUAACUGGCUUUUUGUUUUCAACCUUUCUUUUUUAAGAGUUACUUCCCUUACUGUAUUGGUUUUAAACAAUUCUUAAAUUUACUCCUUCAGUUUUGUUUAAGCACUUAUUUGUGAAAAAAGUUUUGACAAAUUCAAUGUUUUUCAAAUGUUAGUUUUGAUUGUUUUCAAGUAUUUGUUUUCCAAACAUGAGGCUAGUAGAUAAGUGUUAAAACCAGUUAUUUAUGUCCCUGAACAUCAUAUUUGAAGAAAACUAUAAACUACUGUGCAGCCUCUAAAUACUUAUUUUUAGAAACCAGCAACCCUUUUUCAAGCUGGUCUGGGGGGGGGGUUAUAAAGAAAAGAAAAUGUUAAUGGUUCUUAAUAACAUGGAUAAAGCUGAUUUUAAAACUGCCCAUAAUGAUGUUGACUCCAGAGUACGAUAUGCAGCUUGCUUAUAAAUCAUUUCACAAGUUGCAAUAUUGACUUACUAUAUGGGCUCACUUGCUUUGAAAUCAAGUUAUGUCCCCUAGUGUGAAGCAGAUUUAUUUUAACAAUUGUUGUUGAAAAAUGAAAUAACUUGAAUAAAGUUUUAAGAAAUAUAA